GUGUGUGUGUGUGUGUGAUAUCUGGCUGAUGGAUCACGUCUCGGUGAGCUUCUCUGGUGUUCUGCAGAACUCCUGCAUCCGCUCGAAGCUGCGUGAUUUCUUGUAUGUGACGGAGAAUCUCCCGACUGAAUACUGCCGAGAGCGUCCUCUCAUCCGUCUCCUGAAGCGCCGCGUCCGGACCCUGUACUCCAUCAUCACUCGCGCCUGCUAUCGGGAUCUGGUGUUUUACACAGAUGACUGUGAGGCUCUGGAAACAGGAAACAUCAGUCCACGAUACUCAGAGGACCGGCUGGAACACGUGAUAGAGGACGCCUGAGAUAAACACAACUACAGCUCCAACAACCUCCCUAAUAUUACACCCAAACAUGUUAAACAAGCACACAUACAGCCAGAGAGUGUGUGUGUGUGUGUGUGUGUAUGAGUGAGUGUGUGUGUGUGUGUAUGAGUGUGUGUGUGUGUAUGAGUGA